AAUAUGACCCAUCGUCCUUUUUACACAUGCCUGUGUUUUGUAUUUAUUUUCCCGCAUCAUACUGCUGCAGGAAGUCAAAUUGAAGAUGACAUUAUUGCAAUAAGAAGGGUUCUAGAAUACCAAAGUGAAAAAAUUCUUAGAUUAGAAAAGGAAAAUGAAUUUCUGAAAACCGAAGUAUCAGAUCUGAAAACAACGGUUUCAAAAUUGCACGACAUCUUGGGGGAAGAAGAAAAUCCAGAAGAGAUUGUUGAUUCAACAACACGGGUACAAACACGGAAGCGUCGGCUUUUGAUAGGACAACCAACCACCACCCCAGUACCUGUGGAACCAAUUGCCUUCUACGCUUACAUGUCUAAACCAGAACCAACGCCGAGCAACCAUCACACUCUAAUUUUUGACGUCAUCAAAACAAACCUAGGGAAUGGCUUCAGUAAGUACAGUGGGACAUUCAUAGCACCUGCCGCGGGGACAUACGUGAUCACCUGGACAAUUAACACUAGUCCAGGGGGCGCCCACUAUUUAAAUCUUUUGGUGAAUGGCAAUAUUGCGGGAGGCACACUCACAGACACACAGGAUACCAAUGACUUUGAUUCCGACUCGUCGACAGUUGUACUCGUCCUGAAUAAAGGCGACAAUGUUAAUAUAAGGACCACGGCACCAACAGAAAGGCAUGCCUCUAUCUACGUUGAUAGUCAUGCAGUGACGUCAUUUGCUGGAUGGAGAAUUGGAAACCAAUAAUAUUUCACCUAUUCUGCUUGAAACUUUUACUGAUAAUAUUUAGAAACAAUGUACAAUAUUUAGAAACAAUGUACAAUAAUUCCUUGCAAGCCAGGGAUUCCCAAACCGAACUCUUCUAGUUCUUAU